AUGGUUCCCAAAACCACCCAUGCCCUUUGUGCGGCGUAUAGGUCACCUUUCAUGAUCCCCAAAUGUUGUCCGGUGGCCGGGGUGCUUGCUCACCUUGUCACCCUCCCCACACCACCAGUCUAUACCACAGGAAACCUCGAGCCGACUCUGUUCAGCCUCCUUCAGACGUUUUUUCUUCGUCUUCUCUUCUCUUCUCACAGCCCCCUCGAGGCACUCAUUCUCUUCUCUCAUUCUCUCUCAUCAGCCACCCAGGAGGCAGGCAACAGCCGUUUCAAUCCUUUUCCGGCCGAAGUUAUCGUCGUCACCAGAGGUUUCACUCCUUCUUACAACCCUCUGACUCUUUUUUGGUCCCAUUCACCUUGCCUCAUCUGGUCACCUUUCUUGCCAAGCGCAACGACACAAGUCCACCGGUCUCACUCACCGCGUCAGUCAGAUCUUUUGAGCAAAAUCAGGGUCCAGAGCGAGCAAACCAACCACGCUGUGCGUCAUUGUCCAUCUCACCAUCACCGAGUCGACACGAGUCUCUUGGGAGUUUUCUUUCCUGCCCACCCUUUGAAGCUGAGGCCGCCGAGAUCCUCUCUCCUCAACACCCCACUACCAAGAGCUCCCAGCCGCAUCGUAAACUUCUCUCCCACCAACCACCUACACACUCGACUACCUACCUCAUCCAGCCCGGCAGAGUUAAACCGAAAGGAUACAAGCCAAACAGAACCCCGAAGAGGAACAUUUCUCAAAAAGGUCUCAAACCCCUCCUUUCUUCCCUUUUCAUCAGACAAGAAGGAUCUCGAUCUCGAGAGAAUAUCCUCAGCCAUGCCUUCUCAGAGCAUCAAGACGGUACUGGUGGGCGCCGCCGCCCUCCUCCUCUGCUGCCACACCGGGCCGGCCCAGGCACAGCAGCAGAAGUACGUCCUGCACGACAACUACGACAGCUCAAACUUCUUCAACGAGUUUAGCUUUUUCGACCAGCCAGACCCGACCAAGGGCUCGCAGAUCUACACGAGCGCCGUGACGGCCAACAACAGCGGCCUCGCGGGCUACGCCCGGGGCGGCAUCUACCUCGGUGUCGACUCGAAGACCAAGGGCCAGGGACGCCAGUCGGUGAGGGUCACGUCGAACAAGGCAUUUGAUACGGGCUUGUUCGUCGCUGAUAUCCAGCACAUGCCUACUAGCAGUUGCGGUGUCUGGCCCGCCUUUUGGAUGUUUGGUCCCAACUGGCCCAACUCGGGUGAGAUUGACAUCAUUGAGGGAGUCAACACGCAAGAGUCCAACGCCGUGACCCUCCACACGGGACCCGGUUGCAGCAUCACCAACGACGGCACAAUCUCCUCCACAACCCUCAAGGAAAAGGACUGCAACGCCGGCAGCGCCUCCACGGGCUGCGGCCAGUCGACCUCGAGCAACCAAAACUACGGCGACGGCUUCAACGCGAUCGGCGGCGGCGUCUACGCCGUCGACUUCAACUCCCAGGCCAUUUCGGUCUGGUUCUUCCCGCGCAGCGCCAUCCCCGGCGACGUCAGCUCGGGCAACCCGGUCCCUUCCUCCUGGGGCCAGCCCCUGGCCAAGUUCAACGGCGGUUCCGGGUGCGACAUCUCCUCGCACUUUAAGCAGCAGAACCUCGUCUUCAACACGGCCCUGUGCGGCGACUGGGCCGGCAAAGUAUGGGAGCAGAACGCCGAGUGCACGGCGCUCGCGCCCCAGUGCUCCGACUACGUCGCGGCUAACCCGCAGGCCUUCACCGAGGCGUUUUGGCUCAUCAACUCGGUCAAGGUUUACCAGGCUGACGGCGGCGCGUCGGCUGCCGCUGCUUCGGUUGCUCCCAGCGCGGCUGCUGCUGGCAUUCCGACGGCGCUGCCUUCAGCACCGAUCCCUGGCGUCUCGGCCAUUCCUGGAGCAACUGGUCUAGACUCAGGUGGUGGACGCAAGUACAAAGGCGUUUGGAGGCUGAUUUCUGUCAUGGUCCUUUUUGACGACAUUUACGACUCAUUGUUUUCACUUCUUCUUCAUCUACUGGAUAGAUGA